AUGGUGCUACUAGUAGUGCUGGCAGGUGCUGCGGUGGUGGGUGUGGGCCGUGCUGCCUCACUGAUCUUCUUCCAAGGCAGCCAGACAAGGAGUGUUGAAAGUGCAGGUGAGGGAAGAGAGGCAGUGGUGCCAAUAGUGGCGCUUGGGGUGGCGUUAGAAGCAGGUGCUGUGGCCGUGGGUGGGGGAAAGAGAGGGCGCAAUGAGGCAGUGGCGACAGCAGGUGCCUUCGCAGUGGUGGCAGGUGCCUUUGCAGUGGUGGCAGGUGCCUUUGCAGUGGUGGCAGGUGCCUUUGUAGUGGUGGCAGGUGCUGUGGUCGCAGGUGCCCUCGCAGUGGUCGCAGAAGGGUGCAAGGCGUGCCUUCUCAGUGGUGGUCUGGUCUCCAGCCGUGAGGGCGACAGGAGCGGAGUGCUGCAGGGAAAUUUGUACAUUUCUCCUGUCUUCUCACUGUGUCCGCCCCAUUUCCCUCUCUCGCUUGCCACCCACUACAGUCAGGAGGAGCAGGAGAAGAUGGAGAGGCGAGGAAGGGUAGGAACGAAGGCCCGAGGGGAGGAUGGAGAGGAGGAUAGAGGGGAGUUUUGGCAUCCCCUUCUUUCCCCCACCUGCAAUCAUCUCCCCUCUUCUCUAAGCCCAUGUGCCGUGGUGGGUCCUCUUCUCUCCCACACGCCCUCCGCGCCUCAAAGAUCAAGGCUCUCCUGUGCUGUGGUGGGUCCUCACCUCUCCCAUGCACCCUCCGCGCCUCACUUUGGGGCAGCCAUCGACUCGCACUCCCUCGUGCUGCGCAUGGGGCAGCGCACCUCGCCCACCCGCCUGCAGGCCUACAUCUGCCCUCCCUUCACGCGCCCUUUAGGCGCUGUCCUCCCUCCCCGUGCGCCCCCUAAGGCGCUGCCCUCCAAGGCACGUCCAGAUCUGCAACUCCAGCGCCCAGAUCUGCACUCCCCGCGCUCAGAUCUGCAACUCCAGCGCCCAGAUCUGCACUCCCUGCGACCAGAUAUACUCCUCCCGCGCCUAGAUCUGAUCAUUCCGCGCCCAGAUCUGGAUUCCGCGCCACCAGAUCUCCUCCUCCCGCGCCCAGAUCUGAACAUUUCGCACCCAGAUCUGCACUCCGCGCGCCCAGAUCUGCAUUCCGCCUGCCCAGAUCCGCCCUCUGCGCGCUCAGAUCUGCCCUCCGCGCGACCAGAUCUGCACUCCGCGCGACCAGAUCUGCACUCUGCGCGACCAGAUCUGCACUCCACGCGACCAGAUCUGCACUCCGCGCGACCACAUCUGCACUUCGCGCGCCCAGAUCUGCCCUCCGCGCGCACAGAUCUGCACUCCGCGCGAUCAGAUCUGCACUCCGCGCGACCAGAUCUGCACUCCGCGCGACUAGAUCUGCACUCCGCGCGACCAGAUCUGCACUCCGCACGACCACAACUGCACUUCGCGCGCCCAGAUCUGCCCUCUGCGCGCCCAGAUCUGCACCCCGCGCGACCAGAUCUGCACUCCGCGCGACCAGAUCUGCACUCCGCGCGACCAGAUCUGCACUUCGCGCGCCCAGAUCUGCCCUCCGCCCAGAUCUGCACUCCGCGCAACCAGAUCUGCACUCCGCGCGACCAGAUCUGCCCUCCGCGCGACCAGAUCUGCCCUCCGCGCGACCAGAUCUGCCCUCCGCGCGACCAGAUCUGCAUCUCCCGCGCUGAAAUCUGA